AAUAGAUUCGUAGAUACGACUUUCUUUUGUCUUCAGUUGAAACCCUGGUCUCCCAUUGGCUAACAUAAAUUUACACGUAAAUUAACUGUUUCAUUUUUUAUUGUUAUAUUUGAAGUGCCCCAAUGUACACUUCACGCUUCUGCUCACUAUAAAUUCCCUCUUCCACUUUUUGGUUUCCCAUUAUCUCAUCGACCUUGCACCACUGAGCACUACUCCUUUCUUAAUUCAAGGUUUCCAGUUCCACCUUCCUGAUUCCUUGUUGAAACUGAUCACUAGUAAUAAAAAGAUGAUGAAGAAGGUGUUUGGUUAUCUUAAAAGGAGAAUAUCACCUAAGAAAUUUGCAAAAGUAGAGCCACUGAAAGUGACAGAAGCGGUGUACAGAGAUGAGUUAACGAAUAAGAAGCAGCAACCGCCAAAGAAGACAAUGGUAAAGAAAACUGUGCGGUUUGCGGAUGCAGAACCUACCAUUUUGGGAGAAGAAAAGUGCAUUAGUGAAGAUAAUGAAUGGAGGAGGGAAAAGGGAGAAGGGAAUCAAGGGAUAAGAGUGAAGGUAAAAAUGACAAAGGAAGAAGCGUUUCGACUGCUAUCAAAAUGCAAUAAUAAUGGAGGAGUUCUUGAAUUCAAGGAUGUUGCACGUGAACUUGUGUCCAUCCCAACGAACCGAGUUUGCGUUGUGUCCCCUUAUUGCCCCAAGAACAAUAAUUUGCACUUGUAGCAAGCUCAAUAUACUGCAAUAGCCUUCUUUGUGUUUUAUUUUUUUUCCUUCCUUCUUAGAGUGGGAUGACUAUACACAAUUUUUGACAUAUCUGAGAUAUGGUUCUUUUUCUUGUAUAAUUAUUAGCACAGAUCUAGAUGUAGUCCAUAGUUUAGUAUCUCUGUAUAAAAAUUAGUUUUACUAUAUACUUUUGAUAAAUUAGGUAUCUAAUAGUAAUAGUGAUACAUACAUAUACCGGCUAAGUAAGAAAAGAGAUCAAUCAAAUUGAAGCUGCAGUCAGAUACA